AUGUUAGGAGAUUCAGGUGUUGGUAAAACAAGUAUCUUAAAUCGUUUUGUAUAAGAUAAAUUUGAUAAUAACUGUCCUUCUACAUUAGGUGCUUCAUUUAUUCCAAAAGUACUUAUAAAAGGAGAUAAAUAAUAUAAAUUUUAAAUUUGGGAUACUGCAGGUCAAGAAAAAUAUAAGACACUUGCUCCACUUUAUUAUAGAGGUUUUUAUUAAUAUUUAAUUAAAUAAAAUUAAAAUAUUUAAUUUUUAUUAGAUUCUCACGCCGCAUUAAUUGUUUAUGAUAUUACAAAUAAAUAAUCAUUUUAAGUUCUUUAAAAUUGGGUAAAUGAACUUAAUUAAAAUGGCCCACCAAAUAUUGUUAUUGCAGUCGUAGGAAAUAAAGUGGAUUUAAUUGAAAAAGAAGAAGUUAAAUAUGAAGAUGCAAAAGCAUAUGCAAGAAAUUUAAAAGCUUUGUUCUAAUACACAAGUGCUAAAGAAAAUAAGAAUGUUGUUGAUUUGUUUGAAUAAAUUGCAGAAAAAAUUGAUGAAAACUAAGAUUAAGUAUAAAAAGAAAAAGGAUAGAGUUUAAGAAAAGAUAAAGGAAUAGAAAAAGCUAAAGGAGGAUGUUGUUGA